GGUCGUCGUCGCGCGCACCAGUCGGUUCCUACACCCGCGUACCGGACGACGCGUACACCGUACGAGACACGCGAAACUCUCUGUGCCCGUCGGGUGGCAACCGCGUGCAACGUGACCCAUCCCCCGGUAAGUUUCGUCAGGUCCUCGCGGCAGAGGUGCAACACUCGGUGCGACGAUUUCCGCGCCCGGUUCGCACGAAACGCGAGUUCGUGUUCCGGUCAGUAUUGUACGCGGUCGAAGUUGCGUCGGGAGCACGCGUUCCCCGAGCCCGUGCUAGGAGGAAACAGCGAACGGCGUCGACGAGGGUGGCCGCGUCGGACCGAGGUGCUGAGGGCGCGCGCGUAGCGUCUGAACUUCGGCCGUUACCGCGGUACCAUGCGCCUGGUACGGAUGACGUCGGACCACAGCAAGAAGAGGCGCCGGGGCCCGUCGUCCGAUCACCACGGCGGCGGCGCGGUCAUCGCUUCGUCGUCCGCGUCGUCCGCCUCGUCGCCUCCGUCCGAGGACCUCUGGUGGACCGAGACGGCCGUCAACGAGGUGACCGCCGAGCACCCGGGCGAGCUGGUCCGCACCGGGUGCCCUUACAUGCUGUGCAGCGCCCUGCCCACGCACUGGCGGUCCAACAAGACGCUGCCCGGCGCGUUCAAGGUGGUCAUACUGUCCGAGGUGCCGGACGGCACAGCAGUCACGCUCAAAGCCGGUAACGACGAGAACUGUUCGGCCGAGCUGCGCAACUGUUCCGCUCUGGUCAAGAACCAAAUCGCCAAGUUCAACGAUCUGAGAUUCGUCGGACGCAGCGGACGAGGGAAAAGUUUCACAAUCACCAUUACGGUUGCAACGUGUCCACCUCAAGUAGCGACGUACAAUAAGGCGAUAAAAGUUACUGUUGAUGGACCACGGGAACCUCGUUCCAAAUCUCUUUUUUCUGUACACCAAGGACAACCUAAUCAAUUCCGCGCCUUAGGUCUCGGUCAGAGGCCUUUUAUGGAGAAUUCAUCGUUUUCAAAUCAUUUGCGAGAGUUGGAUACAUUUCGACGAGUGAAGACAGAAGAAUCAUCAAUUCUGCAAGAAAAUUCAUACAGAUCAACCAACAAUCAAGACGAUCAUUCCAACAUACCUGUCGGUGUUACCGAAUCCAGCAACUGGUGCGGCUAUUCAACGUCAUCGUAUUCGCCAAAUGUGCUCCCGCAUGGAGGAACGUAUGCCGCAUAUCCGGACGCUAUCGGGUCCACGGGCCCGGCUAUGGACGUGCCUUCAGCCAUGUACAGCGGCGGCGGUCAUCCGGAUGCGCAGCAUAAUCAAAUGGCGGACUUUUGCAACACGCACCACCAGCAGGUGCCCGCUGAGCACCAUCUCCAGCAACACCAACAGCAUCAACAGCAGCAGCAGCAUCACCAGCAGCACCAUCACCAGCACCACCACCACCAUCAUCCGGAGUUAUUGAAACCGGCGCACCAGGACGUGGACAGCGGCUAUUACCCGUCGUCUUGGCCCGUGGCGGAACAUCACCAUCAUCCGUCGUCGUACCAUCAUCACCAUCAUCACGCGGCGGCCGCGGUGGCAGCGGCGGCCGCAGCGGCGUAUCAGUACAACGCGGCCGCGGUCACUACGGUUCCGCCGCCGCCGCCUCCGCCACCACCGCCGCUGCCUGUCCCGUCGUCGCAGCACCAUUCCGCGGUGACCGUUGAACCACCGCCGCCCGCUCCGAUGGUGCUGUACCCGCACCUGUACUCGACCGUCAACCAGAACCAAAUACACGUUCACCUACAUGCGCCGUCGUCCGCGACCGAACACCAACUGCAUCAGUUGCACAACCAUAACAACAACAACAACAACAACAGCAGCAACAACAACAACAAGGACCCGUCGUCGGCAGUCGUCGAACACCAGUACGUGGUGGACGACGUGACGGUGUUGGCCGCCGCGGCCGCGGCUGCGUGCAAUCCGACUGCCGCGCAGCUGACCAUCAGUGCGGGUGCCGUCGGCGGUGGAGGCGGCAGCAGCGCGGACGGCAUCGGGCGCGGACCCGGCGGCAUGGAGAUCGGCUUGUUACCGCCACCCGCGGCCGUGCCACUCGACGAACACCAUCAAGCCGGCGGUGGCCGGUACAACGACAGGCAGCAGCACACCGAUCUGGCCGUGUGGAGACCGUAUUGAUCGUUGCUACGUGGACAAGUUACCGCGCAUUGGACACCGACCAACGCUGCGGGUAACCGUAUACCGGACGAGUACGACCGCGACCGCACGGCACUCCGAAACGAAAACGCCGCACGCGCAUCAUUCGAACCCUUUUCGAACGACCCGUCGCACCGUUGCAUUCGUAUUUUCAACGUGUUUCGGAUCGAUUAUUGACUAUCGAUUAUUGAUCAUUGUUCUUUUUUUUUUUCAAUUCUAUGGCCUAUAAGAAUCGGGUUCGCGAGCGUUUCCAUCUGUGAGUAAACGGCUACAUGUGACAAUCGGGCACGUCGUUAUUUCUUGCCACGGAAAGGAGUUCUUAUGUUUGCUUGCGCAGGAGUUCGAGUGGUUAUAUAUUCUUGUUUCCGCGUCGGGACUUACUGGUUAGCGCUCGAAUUGGAAAGAUUAACAGCGGGGAUUGAUGAAAUACGGUAUCGGGAAUUUCGUUCGACCAAAUCAUAACGAUUCUUACCCUUUCGACAGGGGUACGAAAAAGUCACCCCCUCAUGACCUGAAUUCAAGCACUGUGUGUCGGUGAGACUCCACAGCGUAGGAGUUUUCUGCGUUCACCUGUUACGUUUCACGUGAGAACUAUAUAACAUUAUCAAACUGCUAACAUAAUGAUAUUACGCUUAUGGCUGUAAAAAAUACCGUUACACACUUAUUGUGAACGUCUCUCAGAAGUCCAACGAUUCGGUGCAAAACUUUUUAUAUUAUUACUUAAUUAUUAUUAUUAAUAUUAUCAUUAUUAUUAUAAUAAUUAUUAUUAUUAU